AUGUUUCUAGAUCUUGUAUUUAAUUUUUGCUGCUCGAAACGGCAGAGAGACGAAAAGGAUACAAAAUCAUAAAAUAGCAAUAAAAGUUAGGAGGAACAAUUUUUGGAGCAAAGACGGAUUGAGUUGGAUAUUGGCAAAACCGCUAUGAAUGAAAUGAUAAAGUCUAAGCCUGCAUCAUCGAUUGGAUCACCUACGGAUAACUAUCUACAAUUAAAUGAAGAAAAAUAAUAAAAAAAGAGUAGUUUCGAAGAAGACAACAUUUAAGAGAAUUAGUUCGAUUAUCAAAUGGAGGAUGCCAAUAGAGGCAAUCAUUAUCACGUGAAAGAUCAUUAAGGCGUUCGUUCCAAAUCUCAGGAGAAGGUAGAUAAGGGUUUGAAAAAGAAGAUUAGCAAAGCAAAGGAGAAACAAGAUGGAGACAAGAGGGUUGUGAAAAUUUGGCAACCCGAAGAGGAUUAACGUCUAAGAAAACUGUACUAAGAGUAUUAGGGAAAUUGGAGCAAAAUAAUUCAAUUCAUGCCUGAACGAAAUAUUUCAUAAUGUUCGCAGAGAUGGAGGAGGAUUAACCCUAUUCAAAAUAAACAAAAGUGGAAUUAAGAGGAAGAUACAAAGUUGGUGUAACUGGUUGCUUAGGAAGGAAAAAAUUGGACUAAGUUGGCCAGACACUUCUAAGGAAGAACAGGCAAAUAAAUAAGAGAAAGAUAUCUCAAUAAAUUGGAUCCCACACUCAAUUUUGUACCUUGGACAGAACAAGAGGAUCAGGAAAUCGUUAAAUAUUAUAAUCAAUAUGGGGCGAAGUGGAGUGUGGUUGCAUCCCAUUUAAAGGGGAGAUCUGAAAAUAUGGUGAAAAACAGAUUUUACUCACAUAUCUAAAAACACUUGUUGGGUCGACAGAACAAAUAUCAAAUUAUUUAUAAUUCUGGUCAUAGCCAAUAGAAUGGGAAUUAAUAGCUAUAAGAGGGAAGUUAAAAUAUGGAUGUUGAAUAUUCUGAUACUUCUAAUAGCGAAUAAAAGUUAGUGCAUUCCGAAAAUUAUUCAUCUUCAAUCGGAUCGAGUACCUUUACUUUUUCUUAUUAUGAAGAUGAGGAUUUUAGCGGAAAUGGUUAAGAUUUAAUCUAUGAUAAUUAAUUUGAAUAGGAUUUCGAUGAAAAGGCCAGAGUUUAUUGAAUAUGUUAUUUUUAUAGAAAUAAUAAGUAUCAAUAU